CAAAAGCUUAUCAACCCCAUAGAUCUGGACGGAAAGGCUGAAAAGCAGUUAACUAACACGCUUAAGGAACUGAUUAAAAGUGGAGUAAUCUCAGAGGCAGCUUAUAACCGUCUUAAACCUACUGGAAGUAAUACUUCACGUCUGUACGGUCUGCCCAAAAUACAUAAACCAGGACUUCCUCUUCGCCCAGUCCUGGAUAUGUCAAAUUCUACUUACCAUGGAGUGGCAAAGUGGCUAGGUGAACUCCUCCAACCGCUACACAAAUUGGUAGUAAACCAUAAUGUUAAAGACGUUUUCGAAUUUAUUGCUAACGUGAAUGAUAUCAAUGUAAAUGGGAAGCAAAUGCUUUCCUUAGAUGUAGCGUCACUGUUUACCAAUGUACCACUUAUGGAGACUGUGGAUUUCAUAUGCCAACAGAUACUAGAAAAGCAGAUUGACAUCGGAAUUCCAGUUAUUAGUCUGAAAGAGUUGCUUUUAAGAUGUACUAUGAAUGUACACUUCUUAUUCAACAACCUUUACUACAGGCAAAUCGACGGUAUUGCCAUGGGUUCUCCAUUGGGGCCAAUUUUGGCAGAUUUCUUUCUAGCCAAGAUUGAAAAUGGUCCAUUGAGACAAGUAAUAGAGGAAACUGAUUCUUAUUUUCGUUAUGUUGAUGAUACGUUCAUUAUUCUUGAUGUGAAAACUGACAAGAAUGAAAUGUUAAAAAAGUUUAAUGAUGCACAUCCAUCGCUCAUCUUCACUUGUGAAGAAGAGCAUGAUGGUGGAUUACAUUUCCUUGACGUCCAAUUGAGCAGAAGAGAGGAUGGUUCACUCAAGAGAGAUGUCUAUAGAAAACCUACAUCUGUAGGACAAUAUACACAUUUCCUCAGUUUUGUACCAAUCCGAUAUAAAAUCAAUUUGGUCAGAUGCCUUACGAAUAGAGCAAGACGUAUUUGUACAGAUGAUUCCCUAGAAAACGAGCUAGGAUACAUUCAAAAUACGCUGGUCCAAAUGGGUUUUCCUAGUAGAUUUGUUAGGAGACACAUGAACACCAGGUACAACAAAGAAAAACCGACAACAGUUAAAAAGAAAGAACUGUUCAUGAAACUUCAAUUUAAUGGGGACGUGGCUAGUGAAGUCUUACAUCAGAGAUUAUCGAGAGCGAUAAAACGGACUUAUACUGCCGCUACCCUUUGUUUGUCAUUUUCCAGCCGACCAAUUUUGAUUGCUCAAGUGAAAGAUAAGCUACCUAGUUGUGCCACUUCAAUGUGUAUCUAUAAAUUUAGUUGCUCCUGUGGAGAAAGCUAUAUAGGGCGAACAACUAGACAGCUGAACAAACGCAUUAAUGAGCAUCUUCCUUCAUGGUUCGGAAAAGGUCAAAUAAAAUCCAUACGAAGUUCUAUUUUGGCUCAUUUGAUUGAUAGCGGUCACCAAGUGGACAAAAAUAGUGCUUUCAAAGUUAUCUAUCGUAUUCCAUCGAGUCUUUCUAAUGGAAUCAGAAACCGUCUUUUACACCUAGCCGAAGCUAUGGGAAUUCGAGAGAACAAUCCUAGUCUUUGCAUACAAAAGAAGUUUGUUCUACCUUUGUCUCUCCCUUGGCCUAGGUGAACUGUAUUCAAAACCCUCCCACCCUUUCUUAUUUUCCACCUCCUUUGUACUUUUAUAAUAUUUAUUUAAACUCUGAUUAUCGUUCCACUUCACCUUUUAAGAUUUGACCCAAUUUAUUUAUACACUUAUAUACAUAUACUAUCUUUGUUAUUCUUAUCACCUGCAUAAACCUUAUUAUCAAUAUUUUGUUAUCAUUAUAAUCAUCGUUAUUAACUAUGUUCAAAACAUUUACCACAUUAUUAUGAUUACUGUUAUUAUUAUUAUUAAGACUAUUAAGAUUAUUAUUUGAUUCCCAAAAUCACC